GGCGGGGCGUGCGGGAAAGGGAGGCAUGGCGUGUGGCUUUCGUAGGUCGAUCGCCUGUCAGGUACAGUCCAGAGCGGCGAGCCAGCGGGAGCCAGGGCCGGAGGGUGCAGCCUAGGCCGACCCUGCCUCCUCCUUGCGCUGCGGAGUGGGAAGAUCCUCGAGAGCCCUGAGUGCUCACUGUCUUCUCAUUUCCCGUUCUUAAUGCUUUAACCUGGGCGGACUGUCCAGAGGCCAUGAUUAGACCCUGUAGAAAUUAAUGUUCCUCCUUCGUUUAUGCCCUUUAUUUGCUCUCAUGAAUAACCUGGUAGGAUAUAUCUCGAAUAAGAAAUUUUGUAGCUUACUAAACCUGUAGGCGAUGCUCUCCCGAGGAAAAGCUCUAAAUCCGGACUUGGAGACCAUUGGAUAAAAUAGAUGAUUUAAAAGGCAUGCUAAGGGCUGCGGAGAUGGCUCCGCGGGUGAAGUGCCUGCUAUACAAGCAUCUGUGCCUGCGUUUGAAUUUCCAGAACCUAGGUUGAAAAACCUGCAUAGCUAAGGAAGUCUGAAACCACACUUCUGAGAGGUGGAAACAGAAACCGGUGGCUCCAGCCUCUGGUUCGCUUUCCAGAGUAUUGGCUCUUCCACCAGAAAGCUUGAUCAAGUCAAUAUCUGCUGUUCCAGUUUCAAAAAAAGAAGAGGUGGCAGAUUUUCAGCUUUCGGUGGAUUCCUUACUAGAAGACAACAAUCACAAGUCACAGGUAGACACUCAAGACCAAGCCAGGAGAUUGGCAGAGAAGCUUAAGUGUGAUACAGUGGUGACAGCCAUCAGUGCUGGCCCAAGGACUCUAAAUUUCAAAAUAAACAGAGAAUUAUUAACAAAGGCAGUAUUGCAACAAGUUACUGAAGAUGGCUGUAAAUAUGGGUUAAAAAGUGAACUUUUCUCAGAUCUUCCCAAGAAGAGGAUUGUGGUUGAAUUCAGUUCACCUAAUAUUGCCAAAAAAUUUCAUGUUGGACAUUUGCGCUCCACCAUCAUAGGAAAUUUUAUAGCAAAUCUAAAAGAAGCUUUAGGACAUCAAGUAACAAGAAUAAAUUACAUUGGAGAUUGGGGCAUGCAGUUUGGUCUGCUGGGAACUGGUUUCCAGCUGUUUGGCUAUGAAGAGAAACUCCAGACCAAUCCUUUACAGCAUCUCUUUGAUGACUUCCUGCCCUUGUCAGUCAUCAGUCAAGUCAGUAUCCCACAGGUCUGCCUGUAGCUACUCCGAUGAGCACAGUAUCUCAACUGAGAUUCCCCACACUCAGGUUUAUGUACAAGUUAAUAAAGAAGCAACAGAUGAUAAAAAUGUAACAAAAUUGGCACACGAGUUCUUCCACCGACUAGAAAUGGGUGACACGCAGGCACUGUCACUGUGGCAGAGAUUCCGGGACUUGAGCAUUGAAGAGUACACCCAGAUUUACAAGCGUCUUGGAAUAUACUUUGAUGAAUAUUCAGGAGAAUCAUUUUAUCGUGAAAAAUCUCAAGAUGUCUUAAAGUUGCUUGACAGCAAAGGACUUCUGCAGAAAACAGCGGAGGGAAAUGUUGUAGUAGAUCUCUCUGGGACUGGUGACCUCUCUUCUGUCUGCACUGUGAUGCGAAGUGAUGGGACCUCUCUCUAUGCCACCAGGGACCUUGCAGCUGCUAUACAUCGCAUGGACAAGUACAAUUUUGACACAAUGAUUUAUGUCGCAGACAAAGGGCAAAGAAGGCAUUUUCAGCAAGUGUUCCAAAUGCUGAAGAUCAUGGGCUACGACUGGGCGGAAAGGUGCCAGCAUGUCCCCUUUGGGAUAGUAAAGGGGAUGAAGACUCGAAGAGGAGGGGUCACUUUUCUGGAAGAUGUCUUAAAUGAGGUUCAAUCAAGGAUGCUACAGAACAUGGCUUCCAUUAAGACCACGAAACAAUUGGAGAACCCUCAGGAGACGGCAGAGAGAGUGGGGCUUGCCGCCGUCAUCAUCCAGGACUUCAGAGGCACUCUCUUAUCUGACUAUCAGUUCAGUUGGGAUCGUGUUUUCCAGAGCCGUGGGGACACUGGAGUCUUCCUGCAGUACACCCAUGCCCGCCUCUGUAGUUUGGAAGAGACUUUUGGAUGUGGGUAUCUCAAUGACUCCAAUGUUGCUUGUUUACAAGAGCCGCAGUCUGUUUCAAUUCUCCAGCAUCUUCUCAGGUUUGAUGAGGUACUUUACCUGUCAUCUCAGGACCUACAGCCGAAGCACAUCGUUAGCUACCUCCUAACUCUAAGUCACCUUGCAGCUGUGGCACAUAAAACACUCCAGGUGAAAGACAGUCCUCCUGAUGUGGCUGGGGCCAGACUUCACCUUUUCAAAGCUGUCCGUUCUGUCUUAGCCAAUGGAAUGAAACUUCUUGGAAUUACACCUGUAUGUAGAAUGUAAUUUCUAGAUAAAUAUGUUUUUUAUGCAAAUGAGUUCUAGUUGUUAUCAGAUACCUUGCUGUUCAGAAUAGAAUUUAAAGUAUUAUUCUGUCCCAGAA